AUGGAUGGCAGCAGUGGUGGUGGCGGCGGUGGUGCAAACAGUGGCUCACCGAGUGCAGCACACCCAGGCUCCGCAUCCUGUCUGAUGGCCACGGACACGUUUUUCAACCGCCACGUUCCGGUGUUCUCUUCCCGGCACGACGGGAGCAACGGUGCGGUCGGUGGCGGGUCAUGCACGGGAUUUUCGAACGGAGUCCCCACUCCCGGACGAUGGGGGACACCGGGUGAAGGACUGCCAGCGUCCGGCAGUUCGCAACCGCGCAAGAAAAGCUGGUCUGAGCUGAAAAGCAUCGUCAGCGAAACACGCCAUCAAAUGGCCACGACAAUGGCCGCGUCAUUUCCGAUGAACGUCAACUUCCGCACGCUGUCCGACGGAAGGACACGGGUGUACUUUCUGAGUCCGCCUGAAGCGAUUCUGUUCUACGUGGACGUUCCACUUGAGGUGAUCGGCAAAGCAGCGAACAACACCGACGAAGACGAUAGCGAUAUUGAGGAUGUUGUACGCCUGGCCAACUCUCGGCACCUCGUGUGGCAUCAACUGCUCGAGUCCGUGCUGGGUCACCUGCCCACGAGCAACUCGCGUGAGGUGCAACUUCUGCUCGAACGAAAGCGACUCUCUAUUUGGGGUAUCACCUCCUACGAACUGCACAAAGCGAGCGGAAAAAUAGUCUUCCCGGCCUGUAACACGCUCUAUCAGUGUCUGGACACUGGCUACGAGGAAAACACGCUGUUCCCUUCGGAGCUGCGUAUCUUUCAGCGAGCGGCCGCAAUCGAUCCGCAGAUUUGCCCGCAAAAUUCGGAUCUUGUGGCGUUCGUGUGCAACGGAGACAUUUGGGUGGUGCAUACCCACAGCGGCCAUAGCGAGCGCCUUACGUACGCCCACGACGGGAGACGUUCGCUCGCGGAUGAUCCGCUAACGGCGGGAAUCCCUUCGUAUGUGAUGCAGGAAGAAUUCAGUCGAUAUCAAGGCUUCUGGUGGCAACCGGAAAGUACUGAUGAAAUCUACCGCAUCGUGUACGAGGAAGUAGACGAAAGCGACGUCAGCCUGUUCACGUUUCCAUCUUCGCAAUCGUCUAACCGGGAUUACGAGGAGUAUCGGUUCCCGCGAGCUGGCACUCCGAACGCCAAGUCGAAGCUAAAACUGGUGCAGUUCCGGUUGUCGGAAAAUUUACGCAUCACGGACGUCUGCAUCAAGGAGCUGCAGUGUCCACUAACGUUCGCUUUCCCGUGGUUGGAGUACAUCGUGCGUGUCGGCUGGACACCGGACUCGAAGCACGUUUGGGCUCAACUGCUGGAUCGACCACAGCAGCGUCUCGAGGUAGUCCUGCUGCCAGUGGACAACUUCUGCGAAAUCUACAGCAGUUCUGCACCCUCACCGAACUGUGGUGUGGACGCGUCCCUGAGCACUCCUGCUGCGAAUCACACUGAGCAGCAUUCUCAACAGCAUGCUGGUCAGCAGGUGCAGCAUUCCCAGCGAAAGUUGUCUUCAGGCUGGCGAUCCCCGCUGGAUAAAUCGACCCGUCCCCUGCAGGUGAUCUACUCGGAAACGUCUAGCAGCUGGGUGAACGUGCACGAUGUGCUGCAGUUCAUCGAGAUCUCCGAGCAAGAAGUGACGUUUCUGUGGGCCUCCGAGGAGACCGGCUUUCGUCAUCUGUACUUGGUUACAUCUAGUCUCAAUCCUAGCGGCAGCGACAGCAACAGCAACACCAGCAGUAGCAGCAGCUGUAGUGGUAGCAAUAGCAAUAAUAGUCACGGUAGUAACAGUCAGCCGCAUGAGCACGUGGAAGCGACCGGUUCCCAUGUACAUCCUACCUCGAUCGACAUAGAUCCUUCGCUUCCGUCGAUAGCAUGCGUCGGUAGUACGCUGGUGGCGCGAGUUCUCGCCAAAAUCGCCCUAACCGGAGGCCAAUGGGAGGUGCUAGGACGUAACGUGUGGUACGAUCGAGUACACCGGCUUGUGUACUUCAUGGCUUUGCGGGAAACGCCACUCGAGAAGCACCUGUACGUGGUGAGCCUCGCCAAACCCAACCAGCUACGGUUGCUUACCAUGCACGGGUACUCCUUUACGGUGGAGUUUAAUGACGACUGUACCAUUUUCCUGCAAACGUACUGCAACAUUUACACGCUGCCAUCGUGGGAGCUGGUCAGGAUAAGGCAUCGCAACGAUGGUGGCGCCGCUCUGACGUCGGCGUCGGCCGGAAUCGACGCACUGGAGCUGAUCUCAGUGGGCUACUUGAACGAGGGUGAGCCAUCGGAAAAUACUCAGUACAAUCCCUCCAUUCACAGCCCGCGCAUCUCUACCGGGGAGGUACUUUACGCGAUGGUGUUCAAGCCGCACAAUUUCACGCUCGGCGUCAAAUAUCCGACCGUGCUGAACGUGUACGGUGGGCCGGAAGUGCAAACAGUUAGCAAUACGUUCAAGGGAAUGCGCCAGUUGCGGAUGCAUAUGCUCGCUUCGCAGGGCUAUUGCGUGAUUUGUGUGGAUUCACGUGGUUCCCGGCACCGGGGCGUCGAGUUUGAGUCAUACAUCCGGUGUCGAAUGGGCACCGUCGAGUUGGCGGAUCAGGUCGAGGUCCUGCGGAUAUUGGCCGAACAGCUCGGCUACAUCGACAUGGAUCGCGUGGCGAUACACGGCUGGUCGUAUGGUGGCUAUUUAAGUCUGAUGGGAUUGGUGCAUUAUCCUGACAUAUUCAAAGUGUCCAUUGCCGGGGCACCGGUGACGAGCUGGGUGUACUACGAUACGGGUUACACCGAGCGCUACAUGGACCUGCCCGAUAAUAAUCGUUCCGGGUACGCGGCCGGAUCGGUUCUUAACUACAUCCAGAGGUUCCCCGACGAGGAUAACCGUUUGCUCAUCAUCCACGGACUGAUUGACGAAAACGUGCACUUUUACCAUACGGCGCAGCUGGUCAAUCGGCUCGUCAGCGCGAACAAACCCUACCAUCUGCAGGUGUACCCGAACGAGCGACACUCGCUACGGAAUCUCGAAGCCAGCAAGCACUACGAGACAAAGUUGCUCUCAUUCCUGCAGGACAAUCUCUGA